UAUCGCCGACGUCAUUGAAAGACGCUAUUUUUCUGCGCCAUUUUCAAAUCUGUGUUUUGAUUUGAGAUAAUUUUAUAAAAGGUGUUUGUGGAUAACUUGGAUAUCCGAUACUAUCAUUUGAUGUGUCAGGGGUCCAAAACAGGAAAAGAUUGAACGUCACGAUGAGAUGAUAUCUUCAACCUCAUUCCCAGCUUUUGAAUUUCUGAUUCCAUCAAUACUUACAGAUGUUGUGUUCUUCCUUUACAAGAGCGGCGAAUCCAUGCUCGACGCAUCCACACGGCCGUAUAUUGUCAAUGUCGUCUGCAAAAGAGACUUUCCCGCGAACAAAACAUUGUGCACGGAUCUGGACAAGUACCCAGAAAUUGAGGAUCAAGUUCAGAUAGAAGCUGGAAAAUAUUUAAUCUUCUACCGAGUUCUCGUCAAUUUUCCUGCUAUAUUUUUGGGACUAUUUUGCGGCGCAUGGAGCGAUAAAUAUGGCCGAAAAAUUCCGAUGAUUCUUCCAAGUCUUGGGAGCAUAUUUUCGAUAUUAUUCUAUAUUAUAAGUUUAUCAUCAACCAACAACGCUGUAGCAUUUGUUUUUCUGGGCGCAUUUAUACAAGGCUCAUUCGGAAAAAGUUCGUUAAUCACAAUGGCGGUUAACAGCUACGCAACUGAUAUCACAUGUGAAGAUGACAGAACGAGAAAACUGGGUAAACUUUUAGCAAUGAACUUCUUUGGUUUAUUUGUCGGAGCGUUGUUUUCGGGCAUUUUUCAAGAUAUAUCUGACCUACAGACAGCGUUUUGUGCCGUCAUAUUUGUUCAUGCAUCUGUCGUGUUGAUAAUCAUAACAGCCAUGCCAGAAACCGUCUCAAAUCCGGUUGCACGAGACGAGAGGCUCCAAACUGAGAAGAGUGAAUGCUGUGCAACGCUCGGUUACAUACGAGAAUCAAUGUAUGUGAUGACAAGGGAACGAGCGAAUCGUGGCCGUACUGUCAUUUUAAUAUUGUUUUUGAUAUCCCUUAUGAAUCAGACAUGCAAAGUUGGAGAAACGGACAUAACACUGUUGUUUGUAACAAGACGACCUCUGAACUGGCCAAAGUCGUGGUACGGUUAUUUAUUGUCAGUCGAUUACGCCGUUAUGGGUAUAUGUCUCAUUGUCGUCCUACCAAUUUUGUCAAAUGUACUCCUUGUACCAGACGCCGCAAUAGUGAUUAUAGGACUCGUGUGCAAAAUAAUCCGACUGUUGUGGGCGGGAUUUAUCCAAGAAUCAUGGAUGGUGUACGUGUCCGUUGUGAUUGGGUCGUUUUCCGGAAUGAUAACAUCUUCCAUCCGAUCGCUGGUCAGCAAAGCCGCCGACGAAAACGAACACGGCAAAGUCUUUUCAUUAUUAGCUAGUAUCGAAACGAUAUCAAAGCCACUUGGGACGCUAAUAUUCGUGUCUAUGUACGGUGCCACUGCGUAUUUCUUCCCCGGGUUCACUUACAUCAUCGAAGCCAUCCUGUACAUGGUGAUGACGGUGAUCGUGGUGUUGAACUUUAGAGUUAUGAAUAUGAUCGGAGCAGCAAGCAAGGAUACUUCGACAGAAGACGAACACUCGACCCAAAACAGCGAAUUGACUGCAUUUGUAUCUUAUGGUAAAGUUAAUAAUAAUGCUGCUGCUGCUGAUGAUGAUGAUGGUCUUGAAUAAGUGACACACAAAUGGCGUUCGCAUUUGGGUAUCAAUCACAGUAUGACUCAAUGUGAAACAUGUGACGAUAUUCUUAAACUUUGCAGUGAAGCACAUACAAGAACGCUUUCCAGUGCAUUUCAAGAUAGCGUACGUGGAUCUUGCGUUCUAGUCUAAUAGACAGGCUAAUCAUGUACGACAAUUUCUGCUUUUAUAGAAUUUUUCGUUUAAAUGAUGUCUUUUCUUAGCGAAAAUCCAGUUAAGGCGGAAAGUGUCGUCCCGGAUUAGCCUGUGCUGACUGCACAGGCUAAUCUGGGACGACACUUUACGCACAUGCAUUAUGCCCAGUACUGGAAGAUUGUGAUCAUAUAAUUAUUUUUUUCACAGAUUAUAUGUUAAAAAGUGAUAUGACUACUGCAUUCAUAUUAAUUUGAAUACCCCGUUA